GUUACAUACUGAUGUAGUAGGCCUGUUAUCAUUUGUACUGAGGAAAUUAACUUGUGUGCAUGUAAGUCCACGUCUUCAUAAAAUUACAAUGUUUCACAACAACAGAUAUGGAUAGAAAAAACUAGAAAAAAGCGCUAUAUGAGAACUUACAAAAACUUUCGUGGAUAGUCACAUUUAACAAAAAUGUGCAAUAUAAAACUUAUGGGAUUCAUUCUGUGUGAAGAUGCUACCAAAUAUAUGAUAGAAAAAAUAAAUGUUAAACUGUGAAACUAAGGCUUACAAGGGAUUCUUCUGAAGCAUAAUAUUGGAACAUAACUGGUACCUGUGAUGGCUAGUGCUGAGAAGAGAUAUCUUCUGAAGUGUAAUAUUUGCCUGGAUACAUUACUAUCACCCAGAGCUCUCCCAUGUUUACAUUCAUUCUGUGAGGAAUGUCUUAAGAAGCAUAUACAUACUGUCAAAGUUUCUAAGGGUACAUCUAAAGUCCAGAUACCUUGUCCAACAUGCAGAACACCGACAUUAAUACCUAAGGAAGGAGUCAGGGGAUUUCCAAAAGAUUUCCGUAUAAAUCAACUGAAUGAUAUUUUAUUGGCUUCAGAACAGGAGCAAAAAAUACAAAAAUCCACAUGCGAGUUAUGUGAAACGGUUGCCCUGGCAACUAAAUACUGCUCUGAGUGUAAAAAGUAUUUCUGCAACAUCUGUAGCGUUAAACACUGUAAGUCUAAAGUUUUAAAUUCUCACAUUCUUAGUGAUGUCUUUAACGGAGAUGAAAAUACAGGGGUCUGUGAAAACCAUAUAACAGAACCAAUCAAAUUCUUCUGUAGAUCAUGUGACUUUGGUAUCUGUCUCCAUUGUGUAUUAGGGGAUCACGAACAACAUCUCAUUUCAUCGCUCGAUGAUGUAAAUGUGGCAGAGAGGGAAGAGAUGACAAUUUGUUUGAAACAUGUAGAGAACCAAAUAUCUUUUCUUAAAGAUCAAAUUUUCAAUAUUACUAGCUUUGAAGGUAAAAACAGAAGUAGCUAUGUGAAUGAAAUCUGCUCUCAUAGAACAAAGCAAUUGAGACUUAGCAAAACACAACUAUGUCAUCCACAAACAAAACAAAAUCAAAGUUUACAGAAAGAGAAAGAUAGGUGUCAUAUGUAUUUACAACAGUUUGAAAUGAUUCAAAACAAUCUGCAAAAUAUAAUUAGAAAUGGGAAUUCACAAUUUCUCAAUAAUUCUCAUUCUCAAAUUUUGCAUGAAAUACUGAACAUCAAUGUGAAGAUUGAACCUGUUAUGCCUGGUCCUGAAUUCAAUGCAGUUACACACAACAAAGGGACAUACAGAAAUUUUCAAAACAGUAAACUUGGUGUUACUUACAGUAGCAAUCGUCCCUAUCUUUCCCCAAAAGUACAAAUUCCAGGAGCAAAUAACUCUUUACAAUCUUCCUUUGUAAGGAGACACAACUCAUUAUAUACCUGUCAGGUGAACCAUAAAUACCAAUUACAAGGUUUUUUUGCUAACCAGAAUCCUUUAGGAAGAUGCAUUCACCGUUUAUCAGCACUGUCAUUACCAAGGCAACCAUAUGAUCCAGCAAAAUACCAAAAUGAAAAAACAAAGAAGGUUAAAUUUUUGUUUAAAAUUGGAGGCUCUGGACAAACUCCUGGAUGUCUCAAUCUUCCAUUUGGAAUUUCUUUUCUUAAGAAUGAUAUUCUUGUGGUAGCUGAAAAUGGAUCAGGAUGCAUUCAAAAAUUUGAUUCAUUUGGAAACUGGUUGGAAUGCAUUCAGUUAAAAACUGGAUAUCCAAGGUGUAUAACCACUGGAAGUGAAAAUGAAAUUUACAUAACCGAUGAAUUUGAUAAAUGUGUUAAAAUGGUCAGCAAAGAAAAAGAAACAAUUAUAACUCGUUCUAUAGACAGCUUACACUUUCCUUACGGCAUUGUUGCCCUUGACGAUGGGACACUUGCCGUUUCUGAUAUGAUAUAUGAACGACUUAGUAUAAUCAAACCUUCAGGAGAAAUAGUUUUACAAUUUGGUUGCUAUGGGAACGCCAAUUCAUCCCUCAACAAUCCUUCAUAUUUAGAAACGGACAGGGAGAACAUUUAUGUGUCAGAUUCAGGUCACCAUCAGAUUAAGAUGUUCAAUAAACAUGGAAAAUUUUUGCAAAAAAUGGGGGACUUUGGAUCAAACAAUGGUGAACUGAAAUAUCCAAAAGGUAUAGCAAUUACAAAAGAGGGAGAAAUCAUUGUUGCAGACUCUGGGAAUAAUCGGGUGGUAAUGUUCUCAAAGACUGGAGAUACUGUAACAACACUAUUAGACAUAAACGACAACAGAGAUCGGCCAAUCGAUGUCGCCUGUACACCAUCUGGACUAAUGGCUGUGGCUAUUACAGACAGACAUGAAGUGUAUGUCUACAAACUGUGAAUAGGAAUUCUAUGAUGUUCUAUGCAAAAAAAGUAUACUGAAAAACUGCACUGAAAGUAUAAUAUAUUUAGACUUAUUACACAAAAUGUAUUAUGAACCAUGGAAAUAGAUACCUGUGAACAUGAUAUAUUAAACAGCAACAAAAAUUGGAUGCUAUGGGAAUCAAAAGGUUUGAGGUAUCCAACAUGGUUAAGCAAAGUUUUUAUAAUAAACUUUUAUAAUUUAUUUUAGCUUUUUAGCUGGCUACUUGUUUUGAAGGAAAGCACAGAACAGAAAAAACUUUUUUUUAAUGCAGUUUUUUUGCUUUUUCUAUUUUUAAGAUCUAGGCCACUUAAAGAGGCGCUUAGUUUUGUAUUGACUUACAUUUAUAUACUCCAUUAGAUUUAUCAAGUGGGUAUUUUAACCUAAUAUACAUAGUUGUACAACCAUCACUUUGAACUAUUUUGUGUUUUUGUGUAACUGGAAGCAACUUUGUCUCUAAUAAAACCUUUUCUUUUCUUUGUGACAA